AUUAUGUAUAAAAGAAAGAGAACUAAAACACUGUUAGAUUAUGAUAAAAUUGAGGAAGACCUUUCUAAAAGUGAAUUAACAGAAUAAGAAAAGUCUAUUAUCAGUAAAUCUAUACGAGAAAAGAAAUUUAAUAUUAGAACAAGAGUUAAAUCAAUUAAUUCUAAGGCUGAGCUUUGCAAAAAUUAUAGAGAAUAUGAAGAUAAGAUGAAACUUUCAAUCGCAUAAAUUGUUGAUUUUGAAUACAAAAAAUCCAGACAGUGUUUAUCAAAUGUAUAGCAUGAAGGCCAAUUCAUAACAAUAUUUUCCAUUCCUAAACCUAGGUAUGAUCCGUCUAUUUUAUAUGGUUCUUAAAACAAUAAAAAAGUGAUUCCUAUUAACGAAAUACUUAAAAAGUUAUGA